AUGAACGAUGACAGACAAUUGAUCAUCACAGAUACUAAUAAAUCCCCGUUAGUCCAGAUCAUUGUCUGGAUUCUUCUAUCAACGUCCGUUUUGACCGUCCUUGUCCGAAUUGCGACUAAAACACUCUACGUCCGGAAGAUUGGAGCAGACGAUAUUUUGAUUCUAGUAGCAGUGGUGUGUUUAUUUGCCUUCUUUGGAGAACAUCAAAACCGUUGCUAACAGCUGCGUAGACUCUGGCUAUAGGACAGUCCACCGCUGUGCUGAUCUCUACAAAUAAUGGGUUUGGGCAGCAGAGCAAUACGCUCCAUGACUCUCAAAUCGAAGCAUUAACUAAGGUAUUUAUCCAUCCACCAAAGACUAUUCUCGUUACAGUACAAGUCUAAAGUUGCUUAGUCCCAAUAUGCGGGCAAUAUACUGGACACAGCCGUGUUAUCUCUCAUCAAGCUAUCAGUGCUUUCUUUCAUCAAAUCCUUGACAGCUGUUCGCCUUCAUCGCCAUUUAGCGACGGGGCUACAGGUCGUCAUAACUAUUUGGGCCGUGUCUGCUGAAUUUGCCAUCGCUUUCCUCUGCGGUGUCCCAGCUCCCUGGAACUACUUCCAUAGACCUUCCAGCUGUCUCGAUCACCGACUCAUAUUUUGGACAUACCACGGAGCAAUGAACAUCGUCACAGAGACAGGGCAAAUAUUACUCAUUCUUGGAAUCAUUUCCCAUCUCCACGUACCUCGAAAACGAAGGAUUAACCUCUGCUUAAUCUUUGGAGCACGAAUCUUGUGGGCUCCAUAAUCAAACAUGCAAGCUCCUGCUUUCCACUGACACAUUUUCAGCGUUAUUGCCAUGAUAGUAACCCAACUUGUAUUCCUACACCAAGCUUCGUCCUCUGAAGAUUUAGCAUUCGAUCUCUGGCCGUAUGUUACAUGCACACAAGGAGUACAGUGUGUGAGUUUUUUCACGGCCUGUAUACCUUAUCUAAAGCCAUUCCUGAAAAGCCUGGAGUCCGGGCUCCUGAGGGUUGACGACCUCCAUGGUUUUGGAACAACAGCAGGCGUUGGUCGAGUGGGAGGAAGCACAAAACGCUCCAAGGGGAAGUUUUCGUUAACUGUUGAAGAACCUGUGCCGAAUUCUACGUUGGAGCUAGAUGCACUUCGGACCUCUCAGUUACAACCUUACCCAAGGAUUACCGCGGCUCGAGAAGAAAAUCCUUCGUGGGAUCGUCGAAGUCAAACGAGUCAGUCGAGAAUAAUAAUGGAGAGAAGAAGCUGGGAAGUGAGCGUUGGAACAAUUGGUGCAUAA